UCGUCAGCCGUCACCCUCUUCCCUUUGCUUCUCCUCCUCCUCUGCUCUUCUCCUCCCUUGGCUGCUUCCUCCGGGACCCCAAGUUCAAAAACUCCUCCGUUGGAGCCCAAACCCCGAACCCUAGCCGGCCACCGGACAGCCCCGCUCCGGCUGGCCGGGCCCGCCAGUCGCCGUCGCACGUCGCCGGGGGCCCGCGGGCGGAACAUGCGGGAUCUCGAGCCAUGGCGACCGGGCCCGAUCUGAGCUCCUCCUCCGGCGCCGCUGCGGCGGCCGUGCCGGACGCCGCUGCCAAGAAGGACCGCCACAUCGUCAGUUGGAGCGCCGAGGAGGAUAACGUGCUUCGUGCUCAAAUCGCGCAGCAUGGUACCGAUAACUGGACAAUUAUAGCGGCGCAAUUCAAGGACAAGACGGCGAGACAGUGCAGGAGAAGAUGGUACAAUUAUUUGAACUCAGAGUGCAAGAAAGGCGGGUGGUCCAGGGAAGAGGACAUGCUAUUGUGCGAGGCUCAAAAACUUCUUGGCAACAGGUGGACUGAAAUUGCUAAGGUUGUAUCAGGAAGAACUGAUAAUGCAGUGAAGAAUAGGUUUUCUACUUUAUGCAAAAGGAGGGCCAAGGAUGACGAGCCAUUCCAAGAAAAUGGUACGCCGUGUUCGAACACAAACGCAAAGAGGGUUCUCACAAAAACAGGAUGUGUGACGCCUGGUACAGCGGGCUCCUCACUACCCAUGAAGCAGAAAAGUUCCGAUUUGAAGGAGAACAUUGUACCAAAUAUGAGAUUAUUUGGACAGGAAAAGGGCACACAACAGGAUGCCCGGCAACCUCUUGCUACCAUUUCUUCAAAUAAUCAACAAAAUCCGAAUACAGUGAAAUCCCAAAAUCUGAUUGCCCCAACCAUAAAAACAUUACUUGGUCCAGAACAACACUGUGUGAAGCAGGAGGGUAACUUCAUGAAAAAGGAUGAUCCAAAAGUUGCUAUUUUGUUGCAGCAAGCAGAUUUGCUUUGCUCCCUUGCAACAAAAAUUAACCAUGAGGAUACAAGCCAAAGCAUGGAUGAAGCAUGGCAGCAACUACAGCAUCAUUUAGUGAAAACGGAGGACAAUGGAAUGUCAGAAAAUAGCGGAUCUGGAAUUGCUUCACUCUUAGAGGAGCUUGAUGAUUUAAUUGUUGACCCCUAUGAGAGUAAAGAGGAAGAUGAAGAGAAGUCAAGGGAGCAGAAUGAAAGACAAACUGAUGUGGGGAACGAGCAAUGUAGCGGUCCUUCACAAGCUAGCAUGGAAGUAACAUCUAAUAUGGCCCCCGAUGAAAUGAUCGAAGAUCACACAGUAGGUAGCUGCAAAGAAGUUAGUAGUCUUUGUAGAAAGAUGCUUUCUGGAAGUAUGGAAGCUUGCCCAGGCGCAAAAAUAACAGCAUCUGAGAAUUUGAGUGAGGUUGCCGAAGAUAGAAGGCUUCAACAAGUGGAAUCUACAUCUCCUGUUCUAACAGAUUUUGAUGAUUUUAUCAUAGACCCCUAUGAGAAUAAAGAGGAAGAUGAACAGAACCUAAGGGAGCUGAAUGGGCAGAUUGAUGUGCACAAUCAUCAGUCUUAUUGUCCUACACAAGCUACAAUGGAAGUAACAACUGAGAUAGCCCCAGAUGAAUUGAUGGAAGCUUGCCCAGUAGAUAAUUGCAAAGAAGAUAACAAUCUUUGCAGAAAUGUGCUUUCUGGAAGUAUGGAACCUUCCCCAGGUGCAGAAAAAGCAGCAUAUCCAAAUUUGAGCGAGGUUGCCGAAGAAAGAAAACUUCAAUGCAUGCAAUCUAUCUCUACCGUUCCAACAAAUUGUCAAACUAAAGAGUGUGGAGAAACAUCAGUACCAGAGAACCUUAAUGAGGUUGCCGAAGAUAGCAGGCACCAAUGUGUUGAAUUUACCUCCCCUGCUCAUACAUUUCUCCGAGCUAAAGCAGGUGCAGAAACUUUUGCAUCCCCGAGAAUUGCUGUUGUUGCAAAAGAUAGCAAGCUUCCAUCUCUGGAAUUCAGUUCCCCUGCUGACACAGUUCUCCGAGCUAAAGCAGGUGCAGAAGCUUAUGCAUCCCCAAGAAUUGAUGUGGUUGCUAAAGAUAGCAAGCUUUCAUCUAUGGAAUUCACUUCCCCUGCUCAUACAGUCGCAACAUUCCAGCCGUAUGCUGACGACAUGCCUACUCCAAAAUUCACCGCUAGUGAGAGGAAUUUUUUGCUGUCUGUGUUAGAGCUGACCUCACCAGGCUCGAGGCCAGAAACUUCUCAGCAGCCAUCUUGCAAAAGGGCUCUUCUUAAUAGCCUUUGAAAUGAAGCCUGUUCUGUUUUGAAGGCCAAAGGGUCAGGAAUAAGAAGCCUGCUGUGCUCCUCAGCAUAAACAGUUUGGCUGCCUUAUACUCCUAUUUUGCAUGAAGUGUGCCUUCCUCAAGGGUCUCAUAGUUUGUUUUAUUUGCUGUGUAUAUAAUGAUGCAUUGGUGUGGUUGCAUUAGCAUACAGGAAUUAAAAGGUUGGUGGUGGUGUAAGUGUUUACAGCUUGUAUUCAAAAUAUAGAAUAAGUAACAUUCUUUGUGUAAUUAACUCUAGCUUUCUAGACGUGAGGUAUAUCAGAUUUGUGUGUAGUGUGUUGAUGUAAUGGGUUUCUCUUGUUGAGCUUGUUAGAUUGAACCUAAAAUAUAGUGUAUGACUCAUGUGGUUGGGUAUUUGUAUUUUGCUGUCCAUUUUCAGAGUGGAAUACACCCUGUAUUUCCCAGGUCU